GAGAAUUUUUAAAUCUAUCUUAUCGAUAAAAUUUGAAAAAUAUUUGUUGUAAUAUUCUGCAGAUGGCGGUCUUCGCGCAAAAGGAUUUCGAAAGUUCUUUCUUCGCUCUCUAGAAUCCGCGAUCAUUGGUUUAUUGGCGCGCGUGAAUUUCGGUUUAUAAUAUUGUUUAUAAUAGAAAGUGAAUGACAAUGUCUCUUUUUAAUGUGCGGCAAUUCUUCGGUGCGUUAUAUCAACGUUACAUGUUCUCGUUACCGGCGAUACACUUUUCUCGCACGCAAAAGAUUUUCAUUAUCUGCUUUGCUAGUGGUUCAAUACUAUUGGGAGGAUUGGCACAAUUUUUAAAGAGACGACGAAGACAUCCUCUCCCACCCUCCAGAAGGCCUUUCAGAGAUUAUAAAACAAGAUUAAGUGUUAAGAAUUCCAAUUUUGAUGUGCUGUCACAAGCGUCUUGGGCAAGAAGAAGCGAAGCCAGUACUAGGAGUCAUAUAAGUGAUCGUGCAUCACUCAUAUCUUCUGUGCCAGGAGGACCAGAUGAUGAUGUAAGACUUACUCCACAACAAUAUGGCGUCCUUGGACUCGAGGCGUUGGAGAAGGCGCUCUACUGCUGGGAAGACGCGCUCACCGCGUUCAGCUCGACCCUGAGCAACGACGCCCUGGCUCUGCCGUCAAAGGCCGACGCGGCGUUCACGCACGAGGUGCAGGAGUUGCUCGACAUGGGAUAUCAGAUACAGAGUCACGCGGAACUGCUCUUCCUCGAUCAGCACUCCGUGUUAUUUCGCAAUGAAAGCGAGGAGAGCCUCAACAGAACUUCGAACAUCGGGACGCGGAUGUCUGGAGUCAAAGACAGAGCCGAUGCCGCAUCGUCGCCCGAAUCGUUUGAAUCUGCACGUGACGGGGUUGCGGAUUUGCGUGAAUUCGAAGAAUUCUCAGAACUUUUUCCACACUUUGAGAGUCAAAAGCUAUAUCAUGCUGCUCUUAAACAAUAUGAGGACAAGGGUAUUCCGUGCAGGAGAUUACAUACGGAACUUGUAAAGUGUGGCUCGGACGUAGAAUAUUUAGCAAAAGUGUACUGUCUACGUCAGGCCUAUACAAAAUUAUUUAAUUUACCCGUAGCAGCGGCAUUUAUGGCGGAUAUAGGUCGCCAAGUUAUUAGCGAUUUAAUUAUGUAUGCAGAUAGGGAUCCUAAAGACUAUCUACUGCAUUAUGAACGUAUGUUGGUGUUUUUGCAAGAGCCACGCAAUCAUAGCAUCAUGGAAGAGGAAUUGACCGCACGAGGUGUCAAGUGUAUGAAUUUCUACGACGUUCUCAUCGAUUUUAUACUCUUAGAUGCAUUCGAGGAUGUGGAAAAACCACUACCACCCAUCAGAGCUAUAGUUCAAAAUAGAUGGGUGUCCGCCAGUUUUAGGGAAACCGCGAUAGGAACGGCAGUUUGGUCCGCUCUCGCGGGUAAAAGAAGAAUGUUGAAAUACGACCAAGGCUUCUUAGCGCACUUUUACUCCAUCUCUGAACAAAUAAUACCAGUCCUUGCUUGGGGAUUCUUAGGCUCCGAGGGCAAUCUACGUUCCACUUGUCAUUACUUUAGGGAUCAAGUGAUCGAGUUUCUUGUAGAUAUAUUUAAUUUCUUUAAGGUACGAUACACCACAGUUGACGACCUUGCCGCGGAUAUACUUAGGGAAAUGAAACUAAGGAUAGAAAAUAUAAAUCAAAGAUUGUCAUUAGAAGGUUGCUAGUUAUACAAAACAUAUACAGACAAUUAAUUAGCACAGUAUAUUAAGUAGAAUUAAUAUAUUGCAAAAUACGUUGCAUGUAUAUGCAAUGAAAAUGAUAUCUUAAAGGUUCAACACCUAUAUUGUAGAAAAAAAUGUCACAAUGCCAACAACAUUAACGAAAUUACACCUGCGAUCUGAUAAGUUUGUAAGUAGCACAAUAUGCUGCAUUUUAAUUUUCAAUGCCACACCCAUCAGUAUAAUUACACAAAGUGUAAUUACCGUUGUAAACACUCUAUUUCUGAAGUUACCUUGUGAAGUAAUGUGCAAAAAUAUUGUGCGCUCUUAUGUCAUCAAUUUCAUUAAAAGUUUCGCAUCUGUAUAUUAAAUUUCACUAAGUAAUUGCAUCUUAAAGAAAUAUUAGUGGUCUCUGAUAUCUAUUUCUAUGAAAAAACAAAGAAGAUAGUAAUGUUUGUGAUAUGGAUGUAUAAAUGAAUAUUACAUUUAUAAAAUAAACUUUUAUUUAUAAAGAAUUUAAAAAAUUAUACGCACAAUUAAAUAUGACAUUCGUUUUCAAGUUAUAAGUAGACAUUAUAUUAUUAAAUUAUGAUAUAAUUUUUGUUUGUAGACUUUUG